ACCUGAAGUGGUUUGUGAAUGUUCUCUUGUUCAUUGUGUUGGAUUGGGUUCAUCUGAUCCUCUGAAACCCAAUCCAGCUCUGCCUCCUUCUUCGUGCCCUCCGUCUCCCCGCGCGCGCGUCACUGCAGCGCUUCUCCGCGCGUCCUGUAGCUCAGUAAUAAUUAACCACCCCCUGAAGCGUUCUUUUAUUGAUCCGGACUUUCAUUCCGACGGAUUCGGUUUUAUCGAUCUGGAUUCAUUGAGCCGCAGGGCUGGAUCAUUUCACGACUCUCGCUGGCGGGACGAAAGACGCGCUUCUCUGGGUGUUUCGCGCGCCACUGAUCCGGACAGCUGAGAGUCCUCAGGAGCGCAGCCCAGGGGUGUUCAGUCGCAUUGGGAGCUGGCUGUCGUGGGGUUGGGGCGGCCAGGUGCUGAGCGGAGAUGAGCCCACCUCCGAGACACAGCGAGAGGAGGCGUCUGACGAGGACCACAGAGAAACCAGCCUCCCAACUGCUGGUGCACAUGAAACAGAUAGUCCUGCAGUAGGUGAAACCGUUUCAGCAGAGAAAAGCCCUUCCCUGAGCCGGAAUGCCAAACAUCUGAGAAGCUUCUGUGGAGGGGGAGACGGGACGGGGGAGAGGACAGGAGGUGAACAGAAAACCCAGGUGUGCCAGGAGAAAACAAGUGAAAACAGAAGCAAACGUAGUCAGUCGUUUGAGAGCUACAAAAGGAGAUCAUCACCUGACAUCUCUGAUCAAUAUAAGACAGAGAAAAUGGGACGGAGGAGAUCUGGAAGAAGGAGGCGGAGCUCUCAUGGAGAUGUGGGCGGGUCUCAAACUAAAUCCCCAACCAAUACUGAGCCUGAUAGUCCUGCAGCAACCAGUUUGGCCACCAGCCCACAGACGGCAUGUGCUGACUCAGUUUUUGAGGAGGCGGAAAAUAACGCUCUGGAAUGCUCCGGAGCAGAAGAGCCGAACUCAGGUAACCGUGAGGAUGUUGUCCGAGCAGAAUGGGUGGAAGCGCACCUGAGCGAGGACGCAGCUGAUUCACCGAGUUCCCCAGAUCCGCCCGUCCUUGCCGCGCUGGCCUUCGUCACUGAUUCAGACAUGGACGAGGAACCUGUGGUGAGGCUGACAGAGAGCGCUGAAUCCAAACGCAGGAGUAUCAAGGUGUCUCACAGUGAGAAGAUCUUUGCUAAAAAGGUGGUAGUCACCUCAGAGGACCCAAAUGAAGAUCAUCAUGAGAAGUUUAAAAUCACAACGGAUCCCAAACAGCCGAGAUCUGAUGAGAGAGUGAGAUGUCCAGAGGACAGAGUGGACGGCACUACUGUGAAGUCCAGUCAUCAAAAGGGCCGAAUCGCAGACAAGAUCAGUAUGUUUGAAAGAGGAGCGAACAAAGCUGCUAGUAGCUCCACAAACCCACGUCAUCUGGAUAUUUCUCCAGCUCGAAAUGUGGCUAAUCGUCUCACAGAACAUGCUGGAACGCGGCCCAGUUCUGCACCUCCGAAGCAAACGGUUAAAGAGAGGGCGAUGAAUUUCGCUGCAGGGCAGAGGGGAGAAGAGAAGUUAACAUUGUCGUCUGGAGUGUCUGGUCAUACAUUGAAGGAAGGACAGUCAAAAACAGCUGGUCAUACGGAAGCAUCUUGUUCUGGAAGUUUUGAAAAAUCUACAGCAAAUACCAGCGGAGAACUCAAACCCAUAGAUCAAACAGACUCCAAAUCCCACAAUGCAACACAAAGCAAACCAGCAUUGUCAGAGAGCACAAGUGACAUUGGGAAUAAAGAGUUGGAUUCUGUCUUGACAGUUUCAUCUCCUACUGACGAGACCCCUCAGGUGAAAUCACCAAACCGGACAAGCUCACGAUCUAAAAAACGACGAAGCAAAGAUACGGCUCAACCGCUCAGCCCCACCAGCAAGAACAAACAAGAAGUGGGUCAAGGUAAACAGGAAGUCAUGCACAACACAGCGCCUGAUAUUGAUCUAAAACCUCUUGUAGAUGCAGAAGACCAGUCUUUAAAAAGCACUUCUGGUGAGGAGGUCACAAGCAAAAAGACUAAAUUUCCUACAAAGUUGGAGAAAGCAGCAGAUGUAAUGCAAAGCACGGAGACAACAUCAAACACUGACUCAAAGAGGUUACAAAAGGCUCCACGUAUGGGCUCAAAAGGUUUCAAAGAAAUGAAAAGCGUGGAUGAGAAGGAGGGAGAGAAUAGGAGUCACUUUGAAUCACAGAUAGUGACCACUGCUUCCAAGGCAUCCAGCUCCCAAACUGAGAACAGCUCAAAUGAAGUGAAGAUAGAACGGACAGGCAUUGACUCAGAGCAACAGAAAAACAGCAACAAAAAGCAGCCUGUUCAACAGAGCUUAGAAGGAGAGCAGGGAGAGGGGCGGAAGAACAGAGACACGAUUGUAAACACAUUGUUUGGAGAGUCAGGGAAACUAGAUCCAUCUGUGACAAGAGAAGAGAAACCACCAUCCCCAGAGGACAUGAAAGCGGCCAACUCUAAAGACUCCUUUGAGCCAGCCAAUAGCAGCACUGCAUCGUCUAGGAAAGAUGCCAUGCGGAAUAGAGAGAGUGAGACAGAUAUGUUGGUCUUACCUGAGAAAGACACCACUAGGUGUGUGCAUAAAGCGAAAAAUACCCCUGAAAAUGAUCCAAAAUCAGACGAGACACAAAGACCAUCAAAGCCAAGCCACAAGAGUAAAGAAAAAGACUGUGUGACUGAGGUAACCACUCAGAGCAAGAAAAAAUGCAAUGCGACAGAAGCAAGUGAACAACUGAAAACUACUGAGACACACAAACACAGUAAUGACGUCAACACAUCAAAGCAAAAUAUAGAAGGACAAACUACAACUAAACCAGGUAAAUCAAAGGACACCUCAGCUGUAAAGCCCAAUGACGGUAGGCAGGAAGACACAACAAUUACUCAGAAUACAGAGAAAAACUCUUCUACUGAAUCGUACGAUCAGACUAAAGAAAAAGAUGCUUCAACAAGUAGGGCACUGGCAACACCAAACCCUGCAUUGGUAAAAAAACAAAAUGAUGAAAUUGACACCAUCAUUUCAUCUCAGAUUCCACCUACAGAAGGAAGCGGGCCACCCCCACAGAGCCAAUCAGAGAACCGAGAAGAACAGAAGACACGGACAGCAUCCAGUAAAAUGGACUUAAAACAGCAACAACAAAAGCCAGGCGCUGAAACUAAAGACGGAGGCACAAACAAAACCAAGAGUAAAGUCACUAGCACAGAAAUUACAUCCAUAGUAAAUGGAGACAUAAACUCUGUAGAGACAGAAGAAAAAAUUCUUAGCUCUAGCCAUGAAAAUACUUUUCCUGUAAUACCACCCAAUAAUGAGAAUCUAUCUCUGCGCUCAGCGAAAAAGAAGCCCACUUCGUUGUCAUCAACAGCCAAUGAAGCAUCUACCGAACAGUCUGGCCAGGCCAGUGAAAAGAUUACCUCUAAACCAGCCUCAAGUGAUGACAAGAACACAACUUCGGUUUUACCUAAUGAAAAGAACACAACUCCAUCAGACUCAGCUAAUGAAAAGACCACAUCUCCACAAGCCACAACCAAUGAGACAACCUCCCCUUUGCCUGCCUCAACUAAUGAAAAGACUACGCCACCACAAGUCUCAACCAAUGAGACAAUCUGCCCUUUGCCUGCCUCAACUAAUGAAAAGACUACGCCACCACCAGCAUCAACCAUUGAGACAACCUCCUGUUUGCCUGCCUCAACUAAUGAAAAGACUACGCCACCACAAGUCUCAACCAAUGAGACAAUCUGCCCUUUGCCUGCCUCAACUAAUGAAAAGACUACGCCACCACAAGUCUCAACCAAUGAGACAAUCUGCCCUUUGCCUGCCUCAACUAAUAAAAAGACUACGCCACCACAAGUCUCAACCAAUGAGACAAUCUGCCCUUUGCCUGCCUCAACUAAUGAAAAGACUACGCCACCACCAGCAUCAACCAUUGAGACAACCUCCUGUUUGCCUGCCUCAACUAAUGAAAAGACUACGCCACCACAAGUCUCAACCAUUGAGACAACCUCCCCUUUGCCUGCCUCAACUAAUGAAAAGACUACGCCACCACAAGUCUCAACCAAUGAGACAAUCUGCCCUUUGCCUGCCUCAACUAAUAAAAAGACAACGCCACCACAAGUCUCAACCAAUGAGACAAUCUGCCCUUUGCCUGCCUCAACUAAUGAAAAGACUACGCCACCACAAGUCUCAACCAAUGAGACAAUCUGCCCUUUGCCUGCCUCAACUAAUGAAAAGACUACGCCACCACCAGCAUCGACCAUUGAGACAACCUCCCCUUUGCCUGCCUCAACUAAUGAAAAGACUACGCCACCACAAGUCUCAACCAAUGAGACAAUCUGCCCUUUGCCUGCCUCAACUAAUAAAAAGACUACGCCACCACAAGUCUCAACCAAUGAGACAAUCUGCCCUUUGCCUGCCUCAACUAAUGAAAAGACUACGCCACCACAAGUCUCAACCAAUGAGACAAUCUGCCCUUUGCCUGCCUCAACUAAUGAAAAGACUACGCCACCACCAGCAUCAACAAUUGAGACAACCUCCCGUUUGCCUGCCUCAACUAAUGAAAAGACUACACCACCACAAGUCUCAACCAAUGAGGCAGCAUCAACCAUUGAGACAAUCUCUGCUUCAACAGGCUCCAGUGAUGACAUGAACAAACCUCCACCAGCCUCAACUAAUGAAAAGACUAUGCCUCCACCAGCAUCAACUAUAGAAAAAAUCUCUGCUUCAUUAGGCUCCAAUUAUGACAUAAACAAACCUCCACCAGCCUCAACUAAUGAAAAUAAGACAACUCCAUCAGAUUCGAUCAAUGAAAUAACCACACCUCAAAAAGCCACACCUCCACCAGCCUCAACUAAUGAGGUAAUAUCCAGUUUACCCACCUCAACUAAUAUAAAGAUAACACCUCCAUCAGACUCAGCUAACAGAAAGACAAGUGAUGAAAAGACUACGCAUCCACUAGCAUCAACUAAUGAAAAGAUCACACAUUCACCAGACUCAUCUAAUGAAAAGGCAAAGCCUCCACCAGCCUCAACUAAUGAGACAACCUCCACGUUGCUCGCCCAAACUAAUGAAAACACCACGCCUCCAACAGCAUCAGCUAAUGAAAAGGCCACGCCUCUACCAGCAUCAACCAUUGAAAUAACCUCCACAUUAUUAGGCUCAACAAAUGACAAGACCACAUCUUCUCCAUCAUCAACCGAUAAAUCUACCUCCACUUUAUUAGGCUCAGGUGAAUACAAGACCACACCUCCAUUAGUCUUAACUAAUGAAACAACUAAAACUCCCCUAGAUUCAACUAAUGAAGAGACUACAGCCUCAACUAAUGAGACAAUCUCCACGUUGCUCGUCCAAACUAAUGAAAACACCAUGCCUCCAGCAGCAUCAGCUAAUGAAAAGGCCACGCCUCUACCAGCCUCAACCAAUGAGACAACCUCGACUUUACCAGCCUCAAGUAAUAAAAAGACCACCUCUACAAAAUCUUCAACUAAAGAACAUGCUCCACCUCCAGCCAAAACCGAUUCACCAUUCUCCAAAGAUAAGACUACUAAAAAUGAGAGGACAUCGCUACCACCGCCAGCAUCCUCCUUCCCACUAACCUCUACCAGUGGAGAGAAUAUAACUCCACUUCCUUCAUCCAAAGAAAAGACAGUAUCACCACCAGAUUAUAACAAUGGGAAGACCCCACCUUCACCAGCAUCAGUCAAGCAAAAGACCUUGCCUCCUCAUGCCUCAACCAUAGAGAAGAUUUCCCACACGUUGCCAUCAGCCAGUGAGAAAUCACCAUCUCCCUCCAGCAAAUCUACAGAUCCAGCCACAAGAAAAAAGGAAUUUACCCCCAAACCCUUCCACCUUCCACAAAUCCCCUCUGCACCUGGAAGCUCCUCCCUGAACAGGGACUCUCCAUCUAGCUGGCUUGAUGUGGAUUACCAACGUCCUAAAAGGAAGAAGCAGUUGAUUUCAGAACCAAAACCUAACCUCAGCGCAUCUGUGAGUGAGACCAACCUGGAUACAUCAGGAGAAUUCGACCCAGAUGACUUCAUUGCAAAUGUGAAAAGGCUAGCAAUGCCGUUCAGUCUUCCUCAACGCAAACACAACCAACAUCGCCUGCAAGCCCCUCCGUUUGUCCUGCCUGCCAUCAGAGAGGACCGGUUUGAGAAACCCUUUGAUCCGGAGGAGUUCCAGCAUGGCUUGAGGAGAAGGAGGGAAUUCAUUUUGGAUCUGGCUACUAGUUCAGUAUCCAAGAGUCAAGACACAGAGGCCGAGAAAGAGAACACCAAACCUAAGUGGACAAAACCUGAGCGUGAGAGCAUCCUCACUAGGUCCUUGAUCUUCCAGAGAUCAAAGAAGAAGUCUGAAAUGGAUGAGGGAGAAAAAAAGGAGGAGUCAGAUAUAAGUACAACAGAACCACUGAAAACAAGGUCUCGUUUGGAGAGGUGCUCCAUUGUCAGCGCUCUACGCAGCCCCAGCAAAUUGAGACGCAUGGAGUUUUUAAGCCCCACUGAGUGUCCUUCAGAUGGGCUGUUCUCACCCAGCGAUGCUCCUGGAUCUACAUCACCUCCACAAUCACAGCUGGCACCAACUGCAGAAUCACCCGAACAGGUCAUGGUAGAGGAAGUCCUAGCAAAGAAUGAUGGCCGCUCUUCCCCGUCUGGUUCUAAGGUUAUUUUAAAACCUGUGUCUGCCAUGACACCUGACCUCAAAACAACUUCAAGGAACCAAACAGUCACUAUGGCAAUAGACACUAAUGCACCUCCUAGUGAUACCCAGACUAGUUCUCAGGUUGUUCUAAAGCCUACUACGAAAGAUGGACCUACGCAAACAACUGACUUGAAAACAGCUUCAUUAGAUCCCCAGGUCACAAUGUUAACAGACACUAAUUCUCCUCCUACACCUAGUUGUACCCAGUCUGGUUCCCAGGUUGUUCUAAAACACACCAAGGACGAUGGACCUACCAUGACACCUGACCUUAAAAUACCUUCGAGAGACCCCACAGUUACUGUGUUAACAGACACUAAUGCACUUUUACAUCCCAGUGGUACCCAGACUACUUCCCAGGUUGUUCUAAAACCUACUAAGGAUGAUGGACCUACCCCGAAACCUGACUUGAAAACAACUUCAGCAGACCCUCCAGUUACUAAAGCACCACCACUUCUUAGCAGUAUCCAGACUGGUUCUGAUGUUGUUCUGAAACCUGAUGGACCAACACUAAUGCCUGACCUGAAAACAACUACAGUAGACCCCAUUGCCACAUUGGUAACAGAUGCUAGUGCUCCUCCACCACUUCCUUCCUUUGAAGACAUCAAGUUGCCUAGUAUCCUGGAGAAAUUUCUUCCAAAGGAGUCUGAAACCACUCGAUCAUCAAAUAAGAUCGACCCACUGGUGGCUAGAGAAAGUGCUUCCAUACCUGGUCUAGUGGAUCUGAAUACGACUGUUGACAUAGCUGACAGGAAAACCCAAGAAGUUACGAUUCCACCUGCACCUCAAGUUCCAGAAGCUCAAAUCCUUCAAGCUAAACCUCAGAGAGAACUCCCAAAUAUUCCAACUGCUCGUGGAAUCCAUCGGCGUCCUGCAAAGAUUGUGAUAUUUGAGCACCAUCAGUUCAACGGUCAGUCCUUUGAGUUCUACAGGGAUCAACCUGAUGCUACACAAAUGCAGCUGUCCAGUGUGAUAUCUGUGAAAGUGGUCAGAGGAUGUUGGAUACUGUAUGAGAAACCAGGAUUUGAGGGACGUUGCAUCGCUCUGGAAGAGGAAGGUGUUGUCGAACUGCCCAAUGAGUGGGCAGAAGAGGGCGAAGAAACAUCAGCCCCUGUUGUCAUUGGCUCAAUCCGCCUGGCUGUCAGAGACUACACUCCUCCCCGGAUAGAGCUGUUCACCGAGCCCACUGGCAUGGGCAGAAGCUCUGAGUAUGUGGAUGUCACUGAGGAAGUGGGCAGUUUCGGCCUUCCUCAGAACACCGGCUCUAUCAAAGUCCACAGUGGUCUGUGGUUGGUUUACAGUGAUCCAGGUUUCCAGGGUCUGCUGGCAGUGUUGGAGACCGGAGAAUAUCCGUUUCCCGAGGACUGGGGUUUCCAGUCGCCGAUUGUGGGCUCUUUGAGGCCCCUGCGCAUGGGCCUUCCGAAAGUAGAGAACCCGACUGCAGUGAAGGCGGUGCUGUAUGAGAAGGCCGGUCUGGAGGGUCGCUGCGUGGAGGUGCAGGGAGACGUGUUUUCCUUUGGCAGGAUGGAAACAGACCCGGACGAUCACGGGCUGAACUGUGUGGAAUCACUGAAGAUCCUCGGAGGCCUGUGGGUUGGAUACGAGCACGAGGGUUUUGACGGGCAGCAGUUCAUCCUGGAGGAAGGAGAGUAUUUAGACUGGAGAGACUGGGGCGGGACGGGGCAGAAGCUGCUCUCUCUGCGGCCCGUCCUCAUGGAUUUCUCUCCCCCUCAUAUGAAGAUGUUUAGUGAGCUGGACUUUUCAGAGCGGGGCGUCAGUAUCGACCUCCUGGAUCCCCUGGAAAACGUGGCCAACACACACUACGGCACGCAGACCCGCUCCAUCGAGGUCCUGGCAGGAGUUUGGGUUGCGUUCGAGGAGCCCGGGCUCUGCGGUCAGCAGUAUGUUCUGGAGAAAGGUCUGUACGGAAGCCCGGAGGAUUGGGGCGCGUCUGACAGCCGAAUCUCCUCUGUGAUCCCAGUGACUCUGGAAAAUCUAGAAAACUCCUGCCACUUCCAGAUCCAGCUGUUUUCUGAGCCUGGAUUCGGUGGGACGUCUGUACUUCUGCAGGACUCAUUACCCACAAUGCCUGAAGGGUUCACCAUGUGCUCCUGCAGGGUUUUUGCUGGAAGCUGGCUGGCGUUCAGUCGUGAGUGUUUCUCUGGGCAUCAGUGUGUUCUGGAGGAAGGUGUUUAUCCAGAUCUGAAGACGAUGGGCUUCACACAACCCAACACAUCAGUGCUGUCCAUCCAACCCAUCGAACACGAAUUCUCUCUGCCGUCUAUCGAUCUGUUCGAGCGUUCGGGAUUCAAAGGAAGGAGAACUUUACUGAAGUCCAGCUCUGUGAACCUGCAGCUGACGGACAGCUGUACCAGAGUCUCGUCCAUACUGGUGGAGGGCGGCAUGUGGGUUCUGUAUGAGGCCAGUAACUUCAGAGGGUCUCAGUUCCUGCUGAAGCCUGGCGCCAUUCCCGAUUGGCCCAAACUCUCCUCCUGGCUUCGAAUCGGAUCGCUCCGGCCACUCAUUCAGAAACAAAUGUUUUUCCGUUUGCGGAACGAAGAGGCGGGGCUAAUGAUGUCUGUCACCGGGUCACUCGAUGACAUCAAACUCAUGCGAAUCCAGGUGAACGAGGAGACGGGCGGAGUGGAUCAGAUCUGGGCCUAUCGGGACGGUCGCUUGCACUGCAAGUGGCUGCUGGACUGCUGUGUGGAUGUGGGUUCUGGUGUUCUGAUGCCCGGCGCUCGAGCCGUUUUGUCUGCAGAACCUGAAAAACCUCAGCAGCUCUGGAACAUCACGAGCGACGGGAUCAUACGGAAUAAUGUCGAACCAAACCUUGUCCUGGAGGUCAAAGGAGGUCAGCAGUUUGACAAAAGACAGAUUAUUCUCAAUGAAUUCCACCCAAACAAAAUGAAUCAAAGAUGGUCCCUGGAGAUCCUCUGAGCUGAUUCACCUCCACGCAGCUCCGUCGUGGGACCUACUGCUCUGUGGCAGAGCUGCACCGGGGGGACCAGCGUCCUGUGAGGCAGCUGCACCACAGGGACCAUGAGCGAUGGAAAUCUCAUUCUCAUCAGUGGAUGGAAUAUGAUCAUAUUCUACUGGACAUUGUAUUACUUUUUAUAAACUGUCAUUUAGAGACGUCCAAGCUGCCUUUACAAAAGCACAUACUUGAACAAUAAUAAUGUUUCGUUUUACUUUGUACCUGUAUGAACAUUUGCUUCUUUUCAGCUGUAUAAAAACACGAUGUGUGUUUAUAAGUAAAUGUUUGUUUUGUUAAUUA